AUGAAGAGCGCAACGAGGAUGGCCUUGGUCACCGGAGAGAUGAGCGACUGCAUGUCAGGGCAGAGCCGACAGAGCGGUGGGGCUCCGCGCUGUCCGAGCUCAGUCCGAGUCCUCCGCUCCUCACCUUCGCUCCUCUGGCAACUGUUGAGGACGAGCCCGCGGAUUAACGCGGACACGCACACGCACGGGCUCCCCAGCUACACGGACACUCCUGCUGCUGGCGCGCACAGAGUGGGGCUUCCCUUCACAGGCAGUACGUUGUUUACAAACGAGGCCAAUGGUGGGUGUUUGAGCUCUGAGACUGACAGUCAGGUCAGCACACAGAGUUGUGACUCCACUAUGAACACCGAGGAAAAGCUGGACCGGCUGCUGCUGAAGUGCAGCAGUGCAGGGCUGGACAUGGGGGGCAGAGUGGGCAGUGGACCGGGGCUGGUGGUCAUGACUCUCGGUGAGCGAUCUCUUGUGAACCAUCCCAUCCUUGCGGAGGAUGAUGAAGAUGAUGACGACGAUGACGAUUUGACUGGGAGCUCGCUGGUCACCCACGACCUGGUCCCUCCAGAGCAGCUCAUGAUGCAGGAGGAUUUAUCCAAGAGUGGUGCGGAUGAGGAGCCCGAAAGUGACGUCACAACACAGUUCCCUCUAAAACUGAAUAAGCUUCCAUGUUUGCUUCAUAUGCCGUUGACCAUAAAACAAGAAUUGAAGCUGACAGAGCCUUCACCCUUGAUUAAAAAAGACAAAAAAGCAGUAAAGGACCUAAUGUCACCCAAAAAGAAGAAAAGGAAGCAGCGCUCCCCAGCAAAGAUUCUGGCAGUGAAUGAGGACGGAUCAGUGGGAAUACAGAGCCCCAAGUGUCAUGUGUGCUUUCACUGUAACGCUUCAUUCAGAACCAACUAUCAUCUGCAGAGGCACGUCUUCAUCCACACAGGAGAGAAACCAUUCAAGUGCUCUCAGUGCGACAUGCGCUUUAUCCAGAAGUAUCUUCUACAGAGACAUGAAAAGAUCCACACUGGAGAGAAGCCUUUUCGAUGCGAUGAGUGUGGCAUGAGAUUUAUCCAAAAGUAUCACAUGGAACGGCACAAGAGGACACACAGCGGAGAGAAGCCUUACCAGUGUGAUUACUGUCACCAGUACUUUUCCAGGACAGACAGGGUUUUGAAGCACAGGAGAAUGUGCCAUGAGAACAAAGAGAGAAGAAGCAACAAGCCAGGCGGGAAAGUCGGACCUUCACAUGCACCAGAUUAUUUUAACAUCACGUUUCCUGCCAAAGAGUGCUCGCUGCCCAAAAAGAAGCGCCAAAAGUGCACUGAAAAAACACUGAGCCCUGAUAUUAUCGCUGCCACUCAGGCAGAAGGGCACACAGUUACUUUUGUAGAAACAGACGAGAAAGACGAGCACAGAGAAAGCAAAAUCGAAGGUACCCUUUACUCUGUGUCCUCUAAAGUUAAACAUGAGUAUGUGAUGGCAGACUACUCCAUGGAGCUUCAGGAGGAGUCCAGCCAACAUCAGGACAUAGAACUUUCAGAAGAGUCGACUCCUCACAAAUUAAUUCUGAAGAAAAUCUCAAAAAGAACAAUUGCACAGUCCAGUGAACAGGCCACUCCCGCUUUGCUCUUCUCUUCAAAGGAAGACGGUGAAGACAAAGUUACACAAUAUACAUUUGAAAUUGUGGAUAAGCAAAGCCUUUUGGAUGUAGAUGGAAAUACUGCACUUGAAUCAGUAGAAACUCUUCAAAGUGGCUCAACAAAGCCUGCACCAAGCAGCACGAAUUAUGAUGACGCCAUGCAGUUUCUAAAGAAGAAGAGAUACCUCCAUGCUGCUGUGACCAACAACAGUCGAGAUUACACCAGCAGCCUCUCGACUCAGACGCCUGUCAGUCAAACAGUAGUGUCCACUGUGAUCGAUGAGACUGUCCCUGCCACAAUACUAGAGCCUCAGCCUCUCAACUCUGACACCAGAGCCCAUGAGAAGAGUGUGCUCCCUGAUGAAGUCCUGCAGACGCUGCUCGACCACUACUCCAAUAAGGCCAACGGGCAGGCGGACAUCUCCUUCAGUGUAGCCGACACAGAGGUGACCUCCAGUAUAUCCAUCAAUUCAUCAGACGUGUCUGACAGCAGUCCUGUGGAGAGCCUUGCAGCUUCCUCUGCCCCUACUCAGCCUCCCACAGAGAAGGUCACUCUCCUGCAAGAAUAUUCCAAAUUCCUUCAACAAGCACUUGAAAGGACCAGCCAAAACGACAGCUACUUGACCAGUCAAAGCCUCAGCCUGGUCUCAGAGAGCCCUCCUCUUGCAGGACAGCCACUGUUUGCAACUGAGAAACAGUUCCCAUCUCCCAGCCGCUUCAAAUCAGGGAUGAGUUCUCCAUUGAGAUCAACUUUAGACAAGCCUCACUUUGGAUUACUGGUAGGGGUGGGGGACUCGCAGCACUCAUUUUCAUUUUCAGGUGAUGAGACCACACCCCCUUCAGCCGUGUCCCCCGCUGAUGAUGAUUUUUUGGAGCAGGUUUCGCCCAAAAAGUCCGACUCAACACAAGGGAUUCUUCAGACCUUUCAGAUAAGCUCAUUUGACCAGAACUUCAAGUCCCACUUCCAGACAUCGAGAUCUGGAUCCACCUCACAGUUUACUGUUGCCAAUGGACAGGUCAGUCUACGUGGACACGGCACAGACUUCUCAGAGUUCACUUUAGUUCGAGAAACCAGAUCACAACUCAACUCCUCCCCUGAUGUUUCUUCCAGUGAAACCUUCUGA